CAGAGCCGAAUUUCGGCCAGUCUCCGCCUCGGCAUAUGCUCGGCAACCCGAGAAAGACCUCCUCUCAAAUUCAGGGUCACGUGACUUCCUCCUUUUGCAUCUCUCUCCGUGUUCAUGCUGCUGCUGGGUUUAAUUAUUGCCAUAUAAGGUUAUUUUUCCAGCUUGUUCUUAUCUGGUUUUUAUUACCUCCCUGCCGUUCGCCCAAUUUGAUACAUUGCGCUGCUUUAAUCAUUAUUAUUAGUUAUAUAAGAUACACGUGCGGCAUUUUGCGUUCUACGGCAGUUGACAACACGCGCGUCUGGCGCGUAAUUGAGAUAGGGUGAGAUAAGAGAGACCUCACAGGGUAGCCUUGGUUUGUUUUUGAAAAAGGGCUCAACUAGCCAAAGCUCGCUUUUUUUCUGGAUUGCUGGAGCCAGGAGCGCAGCGGAGGAGAGCAGAGCGGAGUGGGGAAGAACUACUUAGUACUUUACAAGUACUUCUUACAAACUAUCGAACGGGAGAAAGCCAUCCCCCAUCUUCUCUUCUCCAUCUCUUUCCAACCAACUUCAAGAAUACUCCCUCCUGUAUUUUAGCACAGCACGGCGGGCAGAGAGCAGGACGGAAAGCUCUGGUAUCAUUGAGCGGAAGGUUACUUUAUACCAUACCGAACCAAGCUAUCCAGGCUUGCUUGCUAGUUCUAUUCAGUCUAGAGCUGCUUUUUUGUUUUCGUUUCUUGCGAUUCGGUUGAUAUAUACAUAUAUACGGAUAUAUAUCUAUAUACCGAACAGAAACAAUGGCAUCUAACGGCCCGCCUACCUUCUCCGAGCGCGUGGAGAGCAUAGUUGAACCAGGCAAGUUGCUUGUGGGAUCUGCGUAUCAAUUUACAGUUGUCUUGCUAGAGACAGUCUUCAGAAGGGGGGAGGUUUUAGCUCCGAUAUUUCGCCUGCAGCAGGUGCGCGAUGAGGCGUUUUCGAGGUUUUGGAUUAAUAUUUCAGGCGCCCGCGACCCCGUCGAAGCCCCCCGCGUCGGCUCAUCAGCCCUGAUUCCGCCCCUCCUCGCCACAGCCGACGGCAUCGUCCUCGACAUCGGUCCAGGAACCGGCACGCAAACGCCCCUCUUCACCAACUCAAACCUAAUCCGCAUGUACGGCGCCGAGCCCUGCCAGGGCCUGCACAAGGAUCUCAUGGCGAAGAUCGAGGCGUGCGGGCUCGACGGGAAAUAUCAAAUCCUGCCGUGUUCGGCGGAGCGGAAGGAGCUGUACCCUGCGCUGGGGAGGGAGGGGUUGUUGGCGGAUACGGAGGCGUGGGUUAUGGGAGGGGAGGAGGUGGGGGGGUUAGUGCAACGGGGCCAGGGGGUGUUUGAUACGAUUGUCUGUGUGAGAGUUUUGUGCUCUGUGCCUGACCAGCGGGGCACGGUGAGGGGGUUGUAUGAUUUGUUGAAACCUGGGGGGAAAUUGGUUGUUUGUGAGCAUGUGCGGAAUGGAUGGUCUAUUUGCUGUGGGCGGAUGAGGGGGCGGGAAGGGGCGAGUAUUGUGGCGAGAUUCAUGCAGGUUGUUUAUACGUUGCUGCGGUACGAUUUUUUUACCUCCCCCUUACGCCGCAUCCCAAAUAGCAAGGGAAUCGGGGAAGGUUGCGGAGGCGGCAAAGAAGGGGGGGUAAGAAAAGGUGGAUGUUCAGAGGUGGUUUGAAUGGUCGGUUCUGCCGUAUGUGGCGGGGACGUUGGUGAAGAGGAGGGAUGGAUGAAGGGGUGGGAUAUAAAGGGUUUUGCGCGUUCUAUUUAUGGUUUUGUAUAAAGUGUCGUAUAGAUAAUUGUUGUACAUAGGCACUUCGAUAGAGGUGUACAUACCUUAGGGCGUGGGAUUCGCUUGCCAUGAUUCCGGACAUAGACGAUGAGAGGACCGCGUCCAUACGAUUUAAUCAGAUCACUCGACUAGCCAUAGCUAUGUAUGUAAAUUUCCAUUGACUCAAGUUUAAUCCCGUAC